AUGGCGGCGAUCUUCCAAGUCGUACGCCCCCUCGGCAUAGACUUUACAUCUUCAUCAGAAGUCGCCCAUAGCAUUGGCAAAGCAAAAAAGUACAACUGGCUCAUCAUACGAUACGAAUACCCCGACGACGAAGAGGGCAAGACGUUCGUCAAAUAUCUGACAGCGAAUCGCGGCAACAAUCCCCAAAGGGUUCUGAAGGACUGGCGAAAGAGAUCGCUGCAAUCAGAAGUGACAAGGGGCGCUGGAGUGCACUGGGGUAGAGAGUGGAUGACCCGUAACUUGUAUGUGAUCUUCAAAGAGGCCAGGGAGGGUAAGGAGGGCAGCGAUGAGUCUCUGAAGCAUAUGCUGGAUGUGUUUAUGGGGAAGAGAUGA